CCCAACUCGGGACUGACAAAAUUUAUUAUUUAAUUUUGUUUAUUAAUUUAUCGAGUAUUAAUUUAUAGAGGUUCUAAUGUAUUAACAAUUAUGACUUUUGACAGUGGAGAACAUGGCCAUUAGAUCCAAAAAUAAAUUAUGCACUAAAACAUUACUUAAAACAGUUAAUUUGGACGUUUCAUGAAAAUGAAAGAUGGCUCACAUAUGUGAUACAUGUAUUUAAAUCAUUGAAAUAAAAAAAUAUCACAAUUUGCAAUCUUACUAUAGUUCGAUUUAUAAAAUAUGGAUCCAAACAAAGUUGAAAUAAGUCAACUUGAAAUGCUUCCUCGAGAUCUGUUGGGCAUCAUAGUUUCAAAAGUGGCUUCUACCUCCGCCGAAGAUUACCACAACUGCAAAGAAUUAGGCGCAUCGGCUAACGACGAGCGUGUGCUCAAAACACUCGACUUCGCUCCAUUGGUGAAAAAACCGUUAUAAUCAAUCAAAUACCUUCUCCUCAUGAAAAAAUGUCUUGCAAACAACAAUCCAUAUGCUAACUGUAUUAAAAGUGUAAUACGAUCCUUCCUCUUUAAUGACUCUAUCGUAGGUCUCUACUAUUUGGGCGUGGCAGCAAAUUCAGGGAAGAUAGAAGCAGUCUACUUGUAUGCCAUAUUAUUACUCAGCGCGGGAAGAACCGAAGAAGGGAAAAACUAUCUCAGCCAGCUAAAAUGGACCGAAGGCACAAGCAUGGUUGACAAUUGCUGGAAAAACAUCAAAGCCACAUUACAUGGGAUUAGAGUUGCAAGAAAGAGAAAGUUAAUUCAUAUCACUUCAACAAAAUGAAAGCAACAAGCUUAUGUCAGAGACCUCGACAACAAAUGUGCGCAAAGUUUCUACUACAACCAAAUGUAUAAGUUUAUCUUCGUGGUAUAA